CAAUUAGAUAAUUACUGUGCAAAAGUUCCAAAAGUGCAAAACCAGUUCCAAAAGCAAUCCAGGAUCUAAAUUAGUUUUCCUGCAUUCAUCUCAUAUCACUUAGGAGGACACCUUGUGCAGAGAUUUUACUCCUGUUUUAUUGAUAUAUUUAGGAUAUGUUCCCCUUCAAAGUCAUAUUCCUACUCGCUCUUGUCACCUUUUUGACCAGGAUUUCUGACGCACUUCCUCCCGAACCGGUAGGACCAUAUUAUGGAUUUCCUUAUAAACCAAGUGUCGCUAAAAAUUUGAUCAUCCCCUCAACCUCGUAUGGGAAAUGUGAGGCAGGAAAAUCCUACACAAUAUCGUCGAUAGAAGACCUCAAAAAGCAUGAGGCGGAACUUCAAUGCGUAUUCGCUAUUGGAUUAACCCCUUCCAAAGUUCCUGUCGGCCCACUUCCCGGGGGGUUAUUGUUAUUCCUCAAUUCUCGCCUUGCCCCUGUCAAUCCCACCCUGGUUGGCCUCUUGUGGCAUGGAUAUUUCGCAUUUAAGGCCGACUGUACAAAAAAUUCGGCCCAAGUAGUUGUAGGAUUCCAUAACGUGUUAAAUAAUCGCGCCAUAGUUCCCGGGCUUUUCACAGUUGGUCGUCUCCAAGGUAAUUUUGCCCCUGGGGAAUAUGAGGAUGGAAAACCUUCCCUGCUUAUCGAUUUUACUCAAGAUUUGAACAAGAUGUGUCCCGAGUACGCGGAGUUUGUGACUAAGAACAAGGACUCACUCCCAACAUCGGUGAAAGGGUUGACCAACUUUUAUCCGGCAAAUCAACUACUCGACGCGUGGCGUUUGGUCGGAAUUAACGCGAAGGACGGGGGAAAGAUUCUGCUGGGGAAGAUUUAUGUGAGGGAUAUUUUCAGAAGUGAUAAACAGCUCGCGACAGCGGCAUUCGUCUACAUGUUGAGUUAUGAUGAAGGACUAAAUCCCGAGUAUCGGGGGGAAACUGUAACACUUUUGGGCUCGGAUUUUGACUUCAUGUUCCCCGGAGGUGUUGAUUUAAUUGUCAAGUUGCUUCCCCUUGACAACUUUUUGUCCAGGCCGAUUGCAACCUUGACGAAUUUGGGACUGGAAGCAAGGACAUUUCUGGUUAAUAUAUGGCAGGGAAUUUUAGAAUUUAUUCAAAAUAUUGGAUCAAGUAGAGCAAAUUCAAGAAAAUUGAGACAGUAUUUUCAAGAUGUGGAAGGAGCUAAAAGAAAUACAAGAAUUUGGAAUAAUUCUUCAGAAAUAUGAUAUAAUUACUUUGUAAAUUAUGUGUAAUUCAAUUAAUCAAGUACAGCCUCGAACAUUCUGUUAGGAAAAAUAUUUCUUUCUUAGGAAUGUUUGUCUGUAGUUUACUUUAUUACCCUAAAUAUAUUGAAAAAACAAUAUUGAGAUACUUUUGUGGUGUUUAUGCACUACUUUCAAUUUCAUGUCCAUAAUUUGGUGUUUACACACUUGCAUUUUA